CUUCUUUAGCCCCACAAAAUAUUAUGCCUACUGCUACCGACCAACACAUCCAAGAGGAUUUAUGCAGUGAUGGUGAAUCAGAAGACAUUCCCAUGAACACGGUCGUCCAUGCCGAGUCACACAUAAAUCCAUGUCGACAUUUUCUCGGUAAGAUGUAUGUACCAUGUCGUUUUUGUAAGGCUUUACAUUGGAUGGAUGAAAAAUUGACAAAAUCAUCCAAGAAACUUCCUUUAUUUGGGAAAUGCUGUUUGGAAGGAAAGAUCAGGCUUCCUUUUCUAAAUAGACCCCCUCCCCUUCUUCAAGCGUUGUAUGAGGGGAAUGAUGAUCAAUCAAGAUCAUUUCGGCGUCACACAUAGGCGUACAAUGCAGCCAAUGCUUUUAGGAGUCUUGGUGCUACAUUAGAUGCAAGAGUACUUAGCGGGAAGGGGCCUACGUCAUUUACCAUUCAUGGAGAAUUGCGACAUCGAAUAGGGUCACUUCUUCCACUACCAGGGCAUGAUGCAGCAUACGCUCAAUUAUAUGUUUAUGACGCAGAUUAAGCUUUAGCAAUUCGUAAUCAGAGAAAUCAUCAGUUACGACGGGAUGUGCUUUAAACUAUUCAAGGUUGUUUGUCAGAAGUUAAUGCAUUUAUUGGUAAGUAUCAUCAGGCUUAUGCGAUUUUGAAUCAAUUAGCCUCAACAAGACGACAUUUACCUGCCCACCUUCAUUAUAGCUCGGCAAAAGAUCAAAGACGGUUUAAUCUACCAACAACAGAUGGGGUAGCGAUAGUUAUACCAGAAGAUGGAUCUGAGUCAAGCGGAAUGAAGGAUAUAAUAUUGCAUCUAGAAGGAAAUAAUGGGUUGAUUCAAAUUAACGAGUGUCACCUUGCCUAUUUGCCAUGGCAUUAUCUUUUGCUAUUCCCACGCGGUUAACUUGGAUAGGAACCUGAUCUAAAACAGUGGGACGUUAAUCGUGAUCAACCUUCAUCCGAACGAAUGACUCAAAUGCAAUAUUAUAGCUAUCGUUUGUUUGAUCACCUUGAUGAGUAUUCAACCAUUUUGAGAGGCAAAAAAUUAUUCCAAGAAUUCUUGGAAGAUAUCUGGGCCUCAACUGAGCAAAAUCGUUUGACAUUCCACAAGUUCAAUCAAGGGAAACUUCGUGCUGAACUUUAACAAGACUUAAGAGAUAUUGGUCCGGGAGAUUUGGGACCUAAUCAAAUUGGACAGAGAGUCGUCUUACCCUCUUCAUUUACCGGCAGUCCUCGACAUAUGUUUGAAAUCUUUCAAGAUUCGAUGGUUAUCAGGCGAUACAACCAGCACCCUGAUAUUUUCCUCACGAUGACUGCAAAUCCAAGGUGGCCGGAGAUUACCGCAGCUUUGCUACCCCGUCAAACAGCUGUUGAUCGUCCUGAUUUAGUUGUCCGUGUUUUUGAACUAAAAAGAAGGGCUUUGAUGAGGGAAAUAGAAACAAAUAAAAUGUUUGGUAAGAAGGUUGCACAUGUCUUCACAAUUGAGUUUCAAAAGUGAGGCCUCCCACAUAUGCACGCACUUUUAUUCCUUAAAGGGCCGGAUAAAAUUCGGACAUGUGCCCAAGUAGACAACUUAGUAUGUGCGGAAUUCCCAGAUCCAAAAGAUGAUCCUGAACUUUUUGAAACAGUUAAGUGUUGUAUGGUGCAUGGACCGUGUGGAGCAUGUAAUCCUCAAGCACCGUGUAUGGAAAAUGGCAAAUGCACUAAGAGAUACCCUCGGGACUUUGUAGUUGCUACAAGCAUGGACGAAGAUGGAUAUCCCAUUUAUCGUCGCCGCAAAAUUGAUCAGGUGUACACCGUGAAGGGGCAACCGGUUGACAAUAGAGAUGUCGUACCAUACAAUGCAUAUCUUUCAAGACAGUUUAAUUGCCAUAUUAAUGUUGAGGUUUGUGCAGGAAUGAGAUGUGUCAAGUACAUCCAUAAGUACAUCUAUAAGGGUUACGAUUGCGCAACAAUGGUGUUGGGAUCAAUAAAUGAGAUCCAACAAUAUCUCGAUGGCAGGUACAUUGGACCACCAGAGGCUGCUUGUAGAAUUUUUGGUCAUCAUUUACAUGAAGAAGUACCCACAGUUAUGCGACUAGACCUUCAUUUACCGGGAAUGCAUCGUGUUAAUUUUAAUCCAAAUGAAAUGUUGGAGUCAAUAAGAGCUAAAGCUGCUCACCAGAAGUCGACUUUGACUGAAUUUUUUUCAUGGUAUGCUUCCAACCCUAAUGCAUGCGCCUACACUUAUCAAGAAUUCCCUCAGCAUUCCGUUUGGAAAAAAACGGAAAAGAUAUGGAUGCCGAGGAUAAUGGGGUUUGCUAUUAGAAGAAUGUACUUUGCUAGCCCUAACUGUGGUGAGAAAUUCUAUAUGCGUUUGCAACUUACCGUUGUCAAAGCGCCGAAAUCCUUUGAAUGUUUGAGGACAGUUGACAAUGUCUUGCAUGAUACAUACAAGUCGGCAUGUGUUGCAAAAGGACUUUUGAAAGAUGACGAAGAAUGGAUACAAUGUCUUACGGAAGCUGCAAUAAUGAAAACUGGAUACCAACUGAGGAGAUUGUUUAGCAUUAUUCUCGCACAAUACUCCCUAUUACAACCAUAUGCUCUAUGGAAACAGUUCUCAUUGCAUAUAUGUGAUGAUCUUGCAUAUAAGAUUCAUAUGUUAUUUGGAAUUUCAAACCCAACUGAGGCUCAAGUUGAGGAUUAUGGUUUGUAUCUUCUUAAUCAAUUGCUUCAAGAAUCAGGUAAGACAUUAUUCGACUUUCCACCUAUGCCACAUCCAAAUGGGAAUUGGAAUGCAGUAGUUGGUAAUAGGCUAAUCUUAGAACAUCAACAACUCCGAUUUGAGGCCCAACAGACAGAUGCACAAAAUCAGAUUGAUAGCCUUAACAAUGCACAACGCACAGCUUUUGGUGCAAUUACUGGUUCGGUCUUUGGUAACGAAGGAACUGUAUUUUUUAUGAGCGGGGGUGCCGGAAUUGGCAAAACAUUUUUGUACAACACGAUUGCAUUGAAAUGUCGCAGUCUAGGCCAUAUUGUUGUCACCGUGGCUUCAUCUGGAAUCGCAUCGUUGUUACUGUCAGGAGGUCGCAUUGCACACUCGACAUUUUGUAUUCCACUGGAUGUAUUGGACGACUCUGUUUGUAAUUUCAGCAAACAAUCGUUACAGGGAGAGCUAUUUAGAGAGACUACGCUUAUAAUAUGUGAUGAGGUUCCUAUGCAGCAUAAACAUUGUGUUGAAGCGGUCGAUCGCACUCUUAGGGAUAUUUGGGAUAGUGAUAAGCCAUUUGGGGGUAGUACUGUUGUAUUUGGUGGAGACUUCCGACAAAUCUUACCCGUUGUGACGAAAGGGGUUCGUGAGCAAAUUGUGAACGCAUCACUGAGACGCUCUUUUCUUUGGAAGCAUGUCCAUGUUUUGACUUUGGAUAUGAAUAUGCGUCUGAAUCACGAAGAAUGCAGAAAUUCUAAUUUUGCUGAUUUCUUGAUGGAGAUUGGAACUAAUCCUGAGGAGAUCGUAAAGCUUCCAUCCACAAUACACAAAUGCCAAGAUCUAAAUGAAUUACUAUCUACAGUUUAUCCUCGCCUGAAUGUGGCAUCAACGUCGACCCCGAUGUUUUAACUGAGC